CGUAAAUCCAUUGCCAAAGGAGGCUUAAAAGCGUAAGCCAAUUAUACGUCCUAAUGUGCUUUGGUAACGAGUGGCCAGAGCGUGUAAUUGGAGCCUGAGAGCAGCGUGGGCACCGCUUGCCAUGGGCACAGGGAGGCAUGGGGGGGACAGACCUGGGCCAGGGGUCCCAGCUGCUGGGACCUCGGGAGAUCCACCAAGGGCAGGAGGAAAACCCAGCACAGGUUUUUGUGGCAAAGGGCCAGGAAUUGGCAGCCGUGCCCUCAGCUCCCGGCGGUUUCUCUGGGGAAGAGCCGCGGGCCAAGGCUUUCUCCUCCUGUUUCGGCGCGAUGAAGCUCUUGUUCAGGUUGUCACCAAUUACAGGCUCUUCAGGGCUGGGAAUGCCAGCACCGGGCGGCUUCACUGCCUGCUUCGAGCCCUCCCCACAAAGCAGUGGUGGUCCUGGGUGGGUCCUGGGUGGGUCCUGGGCAGUCCCCGGCAGCCAGAGCCACAGCAGCCUGAGGGUGAUGCCGGCUUUGGCUGGAGCAGGCAAGAAAAUCCCGUGGGAGGUGCAGGAAAGCGAAGGGUUCCUGGGCUGGGCUGCAGCCACCAGCCAGUUUCGCUUUAGGCUCCAGACGGCACCCACAGCCGCUGUCUGCCUCCCACUCCUCAAGCCCCGGCAGCUCGUGCGGGUUGCUGGAGCUUUGGGCCGCCGGCUCUCCACCACAAGGGUUAGCUCAGGACUUCUCUCGCCAGCCCAGACAGGGGCUGCGGGGAAAAAGCUGCUCUGCAAGAAGGCAGAGAUGACCUUCUUCUUCUCGGACAGGGUGGUGCUGCUGUUUGACUUCUGGAGCGUGCACACCCCCACAGGGCUGGCGCUCUCGGUGCUGGUGGUCGCGCUGCUGUCGGUGCUCUACGAGGUGGUCAAGAUGGGCAAGGCCAGGGUGCUGCAGCGGGCGCUGCUGGCCGUGCCCCCCAGCCUCAGCCACGAGGCGCUGCUGGAGCUCGACGAGGGGGACGGUGACCACAGGGCCACGCAGGGCAGGUGGUUCCAGUUCCAUGUGGCCCAGUCGCUGCUGCACGUGGUGCAGGUGGUGCUGGGCUACGCGCUGAUGCUGGCCGUCAUGUCCUACAACGCCUGGGUCUUCCUCGGCGUGCUCGUGGGCUCCACCGUUGGCUACUUCGUGGUGUACCCGCUGCUCAGGGUGGACUAGGCAUGGGGAUCCCCCCCCCCCCCCACGGGACACCCCCCACUGGGGUGU